AUGGCACGAUUGAACGAGCCGCCACAAAUCAUAGAGAACCACGAAGCGAUCAAGAGAUCUCUUCUACGCAAGAACCGAGACCUGACUCGCGCGCAUGCCGCUCAAAUCAUUCGAGUCCGAAACCUCGACGAGCAGCUACAAAAGCUUACUGUCGAAAAUGCCGAUCUGCGUCAGAGGCUGAUCACUUGUGAGAGCGAACUAGACCGAUAUCGAAGGAGUGAUCUAGCGAGCACCGAGAUCUUGGUACUGAGAGAUGGGCUGCAACAAAAGCUGGCUGAGAUAAAUUCACUGGUUGCACAAUUCGGCGACAUACCACAAAAAAUUCGCAAACGAGAACGAUCAGAACGGAGGCAAAGUCGUCUCAAAAAUUUUGUCAGCAGUCCAACGAAAGAUAUAUGGCAGGCUCAAGUUCAGAAUCCACCAAGUCUGCGAGACGCAGAACAACGUCUAGCACGCCUCGAUGAGCAUCGCUUUGUCAACCGGUUCUCGAUUGGAGUGGAAGAUGCUCAACCAGAGAAUGAGUAUUAUGAAAGCGCUUCAAUGAGUCUGUCGCCCAAGGAAUCCGCGCCCAUCGAGGUAUCAAUAGAGUCAACUCUCGAAUCAGUGCAGGACAUGACUGCUCCGCCUCCUGAGAUCAAUUCGGAUUCAAUGCUUCAGAAUAUCGAACGACGUCGGAAGCGAAGGACUAGCAGUUUGGUUGCAGACCUGGAAACGCCUCAGAACCUGGCAGAUGGCACUGACAAGCUCGAGUCAGAAUCCGAUACACAGCUUUCUAGGAGAACCGUGAAGCGGAAGCUUGACGCAGAUGUUCUCGAACCUGGGGCAGAGGACAACAAAACAGCUGAAGAAUUCGUCUUUCAGCGAAAGCCAGUCCUGAAGCCCAUCGUCACUUCGAGGAAGAGUAACAGGUUCACGCGACCACAAGACCGACAAGUGCCAAGCGUCGUAUCCGGACAAGCAUCCUCACCGUCGAAGGAACGACUGGCACUUGCUCCGAAGAGCACAAACUCCCCAACGAAGCAGACCGUAGAUUCGAAACUCACAGCAAAGCCGAACAAUAACGAUCUGAUUAAGGUGCAAAAAUCUGCACAACGCAGUGAUCCGAAACGUUCCAGACCAGAAGCGGCAGAUGAGCGACAGAGCAAGAGGCCACAGUCCACCGGCCGUCUAGAGGCCAAGAGAUCUGAGCCUGCUCUGCCACCAUCUGUUGACAUCAAGAUUGAGCCGACGGAGGAUGUUGACAUGGCGCCAAAAACGCCAUUUCUUACUGACGACAUGUUCUCGCCGCAGCCAUCGGAGCCUUCGCAACCAGGUCGACGAGUGAAGCAAGAAGCUAUUGUCCAGAAUGGCUUAGAGGAGGUUUUAAGCGGCAGUCUCGGUCGAGCGUCUCGCCGUGCGAAGUCGGCUGUUUCUUAUGCUGAGCCCAAUCUGAGAGACAAAAUGCGCCGUCCUGGAAAAGAACUCGUUGGUGCAGUCGAGGGCUACGAAAGAAAGGCCAGGGAGGGCAGUCUUGGGGCGCAAGCGGGUCAUGAAAGAAGCAACAGCACUACUGCGUUAUCAGAAGAGCCUCGUAGCCCUCUACAUGAGAAGCAGGCACCGAUAGCGAAGCGCGCGAAAGGCAAGCUUGACAUCCAGAGCUGGGCCGCUGGUGAUCAACCGGAGGCUUCCAUCGAAGCCCAGCAAUCACUUCUUGUGGGUCCUGGAGCUCCUGAAGCCGAGCCUGGUUCAACUGGUCUGAGCAUCUUCGACCACCCGACAUCGUCACCAGCGGAAUCAAGGACUUCUGGGUAUCCAGGGACUGACGGAGGUCGAACGACACCGGCAUCCGAAGACAUCAUUGACGUGGCGAAGCCUUCGAGUAGGCUGAGCACCUCAAGAGGCUCGAAAGAUCAGUCCGUCCGCCAGCCAGUCGGUGUUCCACCAAGACCAACUUCUGCACGGCUUUCUUUCUCAAACACUCGUCCGUCUGCAAUUAUUGCCAAUCAAACAAAGUCCAUCCAGAAUAGUCGGACCGCAUCGACGACCUUACGACGUAGCUCGUCGGCAUCCGGUAUCAGACCUCGACGACGAGAAUCAGCAGACAGUAUCCUGAGCCUUAACACAAGCGGAAGCAUCAGCGAUGUUGAAGAUGCUAGUGAUAACGAGACUGGAAAUGUCAGUCUGGCCGCCGAAAAUGGGACUCGCCAUUCAGACGUCGUCGAUUCUGAUGAUAAUGAUCAUGCUGGCGAUGCGGACUAUGAGCCAACAGCGGUUCUUCCAGACCCGGCCAGUACUCAGACGGCAGAGGCCGCACCGUGUGCCAAAGUGUCCCGACGGAAAAGCAUGCGUUUCUGGCAGACAUCGUUCCCAAAUCAGUCGUAUUGCAGAAGAUCAUCGGACCUGAAUGGAUACAUUGCGGUUAGUCCGCCACCACAAAGCUACGCAGUAGCUUCUGGUAUUACACCGCGUGAGGGGUUGAUGUAUCACCAUGACCAGCUGCAUCAGUCAGCCACCACUGAGCGGUCUCCUGCCCCACGGCGCGACCAAGCACAAACGCCUCCUCGACAAGCCAUACACAACAGAAUCUCUGAGCUGAGCCAUACUCCGUCACGAAGAUCUCGCUGGUCGCAAGAGCUGCAAGCAGCAACCCGAGACCGAGACCGCCAACCAACUACCUACGGUCUUCGCGAGCAACCACGGAAGACACCCAAGAAAUCCCAACCUGGGACCAAGGAGUACGUGAUCGUUCCGAAGCCCCAAGUCUCGACGGCGCCAGCCAACACCACCCAGCCCCGAACACGUCUACGGGAGAUCAGAUCAGCUCCCGUCCAGCUCCAGCCUGAUGGUAGGAGUGUCGACGUCGAACUGAGGAAAAGAGGCAGACCAAAGAAAAAUACAGCGCUUAGCCUACAGCAGAAAAUCGAGAUGAUGGGCAAGAGUGGCACAGCGUGUGGCAGCAGUGAACAUGAGCACGAAAAUGGAUCUGAUACGAGCGACGGCCUGCGCAGGAGAUCUAGUGAUGUGAUUGAGGUGUAUAUUCCCAGAUGA